CAACGGCUGACGUCUGUCCGUCUAAAAACAGACCGAGAGCUCCUCACUGCGCAGACUCCAACAACUCUUCAACAGCGCUCACUCUCCGCUGCUGCUUUCAUUCUUUAUUUCUUUCAACUUUGUUCAGUCUCUGGGAUUUAUCGCUGUUUCCCCCGCUGACUCCUCCGGUGAAUCCCCCGGUGUCUCUCCGGUAUCUCCCCCGGUGUCUCCCCCGGUGACCCCCGGUGCCCCCCCACACACACUCGGCAGCAUGGACAGUUUGGAGAAGCAGCUCGUCUGUCCCAUCUGUCUGGAGAUGUUCACCAAACCUGUGGUCAUCCUGCCCUGCCAACACAACCUGUGCCGCAAAUGUGCCAACGACGUAUUCCAGGCGUCCAAUCCCUACCUGUCGACAAGGAGCGGCUCCACGGUGACGUCCGGCGGUCGUUUCCGCUGCCCGUCGUGCCGCCAUGAGGUCGUUCUGGAUCGACACGGAGUGUACGGACUGCAGAGGAACCUGCUGGUGGAGAACAUCAUCGACAUGUACAAGCAGGACAGCAGCAGGCCGGUCCCGGAGGUGAAGCAGCAGCAGCCGAUGUGUGAGGAUCACGAGGAAGAGAAGAUCAACAUCUACUGUGUGACGUGCAGCGUGCCCACCUGUUCUCUGUGUAAGGUGUUCGGCGCUCAUAAAGACUGUGAGGUCGCUCCGCUCGACAGCGUCUUCCUCACGCAGAAGGCUGAGCUCACUGACUGUAUCUCGAUGCUGGUGGGGAACAACGAGAGGAUUCAGGCCUUCAUCAGUCAGCUGGAGGAAACGUGCCGAGCUGUGGAUGAGAACGGCCGCAGACAGAAGUCGAAGGUGUGCGAGUCGUUCGAUCACUUGUUCGCCCUGCUGGAGGAGAGGAAGGGAGAGAUGACUCUGAGGAUCAACUGUGAACAGGAGGAGAAACUGGACUACAUCCGCAGUCUGAGGAGGAGGUACAGCGAGCACCUGGAGAACACCGCCAAGGUGGUGGAGACCGCCAUCCAGACGCUGGACGAGUCUGAGAUGGCCGUGUUCCUGCAGACGACCAAACUGCUGCUGCAGAAGAUCGUGGAGGGCACCGACACGUCUCACCUGGAUCAGGUCCAACACGGCUACGAGAAGAUGGAUCACUUCACGGCCAAUUUUCACCGUCAGAGGAGAGCGCUGAGCAGAGUGGACUUCAUCAAACUGGAUGAAGACGAUGAUGACGAUGAUGAUGAAGCUGUGGAGGUCAAGAGUUUGACAGCAGCCAGUCGAGUAGAGCUGCCGCCGCCGCAGGCCGCAGGUCCGUCGGCCAAUCAGCAGCCUCCUCUAGCUCCUGUUCAGUCGACAGGAGUUCAGCUCCUAACCCCGCCCCCUCAGAGACCAUCAGAAGCCCCGCCUACCACCAGCAACACCUUGCAGACAAAGAGUCCCGCCCCCUCAUCUAGUGCUCUACCUCUGCCCCUCCCUACCGCUGGCCCCGCCCCUCAGGGUCAGCCGGAUCAUCAGAGCGAGGACGACGACAGAGACGGACCCAAACACGUCUUCUCCUUCAGCUGGCUCAACCAGAAGUGACACGCCUCCGUCCCCGCUCCGCUCUAUGACGAUUUCACCUUUUUUCAUUCACACGGUUUACUUACUUAUUCACUAGCCACAACAAUCUGUGUUUUAGAUAUUUAAUGAUAGAUUAUGUGACAGAUGGAAGAGGAGGAUGAAGGUUAGGCCGGUCUGGAAGGACGGACUGAAGGGGGGGCAGAGGGAGACUCAGGGCGGGGGGUCAGUCUCUGUACUUGUGCCUGAGCUGAUCAAGGCCCAGACUGUUCCUAGAAUAAGACAAACAAGAUGAAGGAGGGAGGAAAGAGGGAUGGAUGAGAGGAAGG